CAGGAGCCAUCAUGGGGAGAGCUCUGAUGCAAACCACCCUCUUUGGUCUGUUGCUGACUUUGGUCACCUCAUUACCAAAUAAAGAUGACUGAGACAUCUACAGCUUUCACAUCAACUCCACAGUGACCAGUCGUUACGCUACAACAGUCAUCACAAGCCGUGUGGCCAAUCGAAUGAACGAAUCCAAGGAAGUAGAAUUCCAAGUGCGGAUUCCCAAGAAUGCCUUCAUCAGUAAAUUCAGAAUGUGUGUGAAAUAUUUACGUAGGUUUACACAUGAACAAUAAAAGAGUACGAACUGCAAAUCCAUGCUCGGCCGAUGCAGCCUGUCAGCGACUUCUAGGUUGAUGUGUACAUUGAUGAAAAGGCCGGCAUCAGUUUCCUGGAGGUUAAAGGUGGACUAAGCACCAAAGCUCUGGCUAAUGCCAUCACCAAAACACUAACAGACAAACAGGUACAGCAGGAAGUGAUGGCAAAUCCUUACAGUAUGUUUAUUAGUUUGUUUCAUCCGGUUUACUGUGCAGUCAAUGUUGUGACUUCACGUAUUUCAGGCUUGAUAGAGACACACUUGUGAGAGGAAAAUUAAAUUAAAAUGUCUUUAAUGCUCAUAGAGUUUUAUUUUGAAACAUAACAAAUGUGUACCGUCCUAUGUAUGUAUGUUCUAAAUCUGUGCCCUAUUGUCAUCCAGUAAAAGCUGAAAUUGGCUUCACGCUCCCAAAGCAGUUUGGUAGAUUCUCUCUAAACUAGAACAUUUGCCAAAAUUUAGCUAAAAAUUGUCUGGACUAAAAUAUUUUUAAUAAAAUAUGUCGUUAUGGUACUGUAAAUAAAAAAAUAAAAAAGGUAAAUAAAAAUAUUUCACAUUGAUGUUUUGCAACACAACUGUAUGUUGCUCAGAGAAAAUAAUAUGCACCACAACAACAUGUUUAUGCUCUUUUUUUAUUAUCAAAUUUCUUAUCAAAGUUCUUUUACAGCCAUUAGAAUUGUUUUAGCAUUUAUGUACAAUUUUUUUAGGAAUUGGUGCUGGUGCUGGUAGUGCUGGAAGAGCAGGUACUGUAUUCUUUUUCUUUUAAUAUUCUUUUUAUGUACAGUAACUACACUAUAUGUCCUAAUGUUCCCUAGUUGAUACUAACUUAAAUGUAGCAAAGACCAUAUUAAGUCCCUAUUUACAAAAACAUAGCUGAAAUCACUAACAGUACGAAAAGUCAAGGUACCCGCACUUUCUUUCAUACAGGAGGUGUAAAUAGCGGAAAACCCAAAAAUGUUCUUGAGAUUUACAUUAGAAACACUUGUUUUAUGUCUUAUUAGAGCACAUCUCAUUAGUAUCAUUAACAAUAUUUAAACAGGUACAUUAAAAUUGUUACCAACUGUCAGGUUUUCGUUCUUGGUUUCAUUUUGAAAGGACUUUUCUGUUUUUGAUUCCAGUUUCCGGUUUUAUUUUGUAAGCACUUCCGUUUCUUGUCACACCACAGCAGUUCCCGCUUCACUCCCGGUCCUCAUUACACACACCUGUUUUGUAUCUGUAAUCAACUUCUUGCAUUUAACCACCACCUGUCGCCUUAGUUCUCCGCCAGAUCGUCGUACUUAUGUCAGUCAGUACCUACCAGCGUUUCACCGUCCUACCUGUUUGUGUCUCGACCCCGCUUCGUGUUCCUGACUCCCGAUUCCUGCCUGCUCCUUACCGGUACCGUAAACCUUAUCAAUCCUGUUGCCGAACCCUUGCCUGUCCCUGGACUUGUUUUUUGCCUGCGUCUGUUGUACCUCAACCUGAGAUAAAGUGUGUUUGACCUGGACCGUCUGUUAUAAGGAGUUCUGCAUUAAAAGCCGUAAAUUUCACCCUCUGUCUGACGUCUCGGUGCUGUGCACGUGGGACCGAUCUUUGCCAAAACCUGACAGAACGAUCUGGCCAGACUUGGACCCAGCCAGCACCCAGGGCUGUUACGUUUUUUCUUUUCCCUUUUUUUCUCUGUUUACGCGCCUCCGUGCAUAACCGUGCACCGGAGCGAUGGAGUUUGUUCCCUCGAGGUUACCGGAGGACGUUCGCGGCGAUUUCCAGCGGCUAGCAAAAGAAUACGCGGAGGCCGGCAGUGCCAAGGUUGGGCUCGGCAUUGUAGAUUUGGCCAUUGAGAUAAUGGAGGAAGAGUUCUGGUGGCGUGAGUACCCCGGAGUGCAGGCGUUCUCUGAGGGACUCCGGCUAAAGCGGAGGGACUUGACACGCGCACUGCGCGCAUCAUCUGGUCGCGUCUCCGCCGCCGCUCCUGUCGCCGCUCCUGUCGCCACUCCCGCGGCUCACGUUUUUGUUCCUGUUGCCGCUCCGGCGGUCCGCGUCUCCAAUCCUGUCGCCGCUCCAGCAGAUCGUGUUCCCGUUCCUGUCACCGCUCCAGCGCCUCCAGCCCAGGCUCCCAACGCCGCCGCCUCUGUUCGCCACUCGGACCCAGCUACAGAGACCCAGCCCCCGCCGCUCCCAGCGCCUCAGAUGACGGUCAGCCGCAGGCGUCCCAGAAGACGUCGGCGAGGGCAUGGUUCCGGGGUCCAGGGCCCAGAGACCUCGGUCGCGGUGACCGAGCAGCUCUCCUCUCCGGCAGAGGAUUCUCUUGGUUCCCCUACUGACUGUGUCGUGUCAAAUGCAGGCAUCCCCGAUAGUGUCACUCAACGAAUCCACCUCCACUGUUCUCCCCCGGUUGCGUUCCUCUUCGCUCCUCUCCGGCAGAGGAUUCCCUCGGUUCCCCUACUGACUGUGUCGUGUCAAUUGCAGGCAUCCCCGAUAGCGUCACUCAACGAAUCCACCUCCACUGUUCUCCCCCGGUUGCGUUCCUCUUCGCUCAUCUGAUGGACACGGCUGAUUCAGCAGCAGACCCGGGCACAAGGGACCAACUGUUUGAGGAGGCAGCUGCCCUCAUUCGGAGGGAACCUGCCCUGCGUGCGGCUCUGCAACUCCCAAGUCUGCAACCAGCAGCCACGCCUGAUCCCACGUCUCAGUCAGGUCAGUCAAGCCACGCUCAGUCUCCAGGCCUAGUUCAGCCAUGCUCUGUUCAGACUCCAGUCGCAGUUCAGUCGUCCCCCGUUCAGGUUCCAGCUCAGCCUUGCCAUGCUCAGGUCUCAGCCCAGCCGCGUUCUGCUCAAGUCUCAGCCCAGUCGUGUGCUGUUCAGUCUCCAGUCCAGCAGCGCGCCGUUCAGUCUCCAGUCCAGCAGCGCGCCGUUCAGUCUCCAGUCCAGCCGCGCGCCGUUCAGUCUCCAGUCCAGCCGCGCGCAGUUCAGUCUCCAGUCCAGUCGAGCCCAGUUCAGUCUCCAGUCCAGUCGAGCCCAGUUCAGUCUCCAGUCCAGUCGAGCCCAGUUCAGGUCCCAGUCCAGUCGAGCCCAGUCCAGGUCCCAGUCCAGUCGAGCCCAGUCCAGGUUCCAGUCCAGUCGAGCCCAGUCCACGUUCCAGUCCAGUCGAGCCUAGCCACGUUCCAGCCCAGUUGAGCCCAGUCCACGUUCCAGCCCAGUCGAGUCACGUCCAGGCCCCUGCUCAGUCGAGUCAUGUCCCAGUCCAGUCCAGUCACGUUCCUGUCCCAGUUCAGUCCAGUCACGCGCAGGUCUUGUCCCAGCCAGCCCAGAGGACACCACCUGUCGAACGGGUGCUAUGCACACCCGAUGAGGCCCGACAUCUGCUCCGUCGAGCUCGGCGGUUGCAAGCAGCCAAGCCGGCUCCAGAGUAGACGCCGUCUCAGUCGCUGCCGGCUCCAGUGAGGAGCCAGGGAGCAGCGCCGCCGUCUCCAGUGAGGAGCCAGGGAGCAGCACCGCCGGCUCCAGUGAGGAGCCAGGGAGCAGCACCGCCGGUUCCAGUGAGGAGCCAGGGAGCAGCGCCGCCGGCUCCAGUGAGGAGCCUGAGAGCAGCGCCGCCGGCUCCAGUGAGGAGCCUGAGAGCAGCGCCGCCGGCUCCAGUGAGGAGCCUGAGAGCAGCGCCGCCGGCUCCAGUGAGGAGCCUGAGAGCAGCGCCGCCGGCUCCAGUGAGGAGCCUGAGAGCAGCGCCGCCGGCUCUAGUGAGGAGCCUGAGAGCAGCAUCGCCGGCUCCAGUGAGGACGCCGUUCCUGUUCCCAUCGGCCAAAUAGAGGCCGUUCCAGUUCCUGUUCCCGUCAGCCAAGUAGACGCCGUUCCAGUUCCUGUUCCCGUCGGCCAAGUAGAGGCCGUUCCAGUUCCUGUUCCCGUCGGCCAAGUAGAGGCCGUUCCAGUUCCUGUUCCCGUCGGCCAUGUUGAGGCCGUUCCAGUUCCUGUUCCCGUCGGCCAUGUUGAGGCCGUUCCUGGGGGUCGUUCCCGUCGUAGUUCCUGCCGACCUCCAGGAGGGGGUCGUUCCGGUCGCAGCUCCCGCUUCGGUUUCUGGCAGCCCGGCUCCGGCCGCACCUGCAUCUGUUCCUGGCGGCCUGGCUCCGGCCGCAACUGCAUCUGUUUCUGGCGGCCCGGCUCCGGCCGAACCUGCAUCGGUUCCUGCCACGACGAUGGCGAAGCCUCUGCCGCCGUCGCCCACCAUGAUCCUGUGACUCUCCUGCCACCACCCUCGUUAGGGACCCCUGGACUCUGUUCUCCCGGUCAUGGACUUUCUGUUCGGUUUUGUGGACUUUCGAUUUGACCCUCCUCCGGUCCUCCCUCCGCCCACCCUGCUUGUUUGCCUUGGGGGGGAGGGAUUCGGUCCCUCCUCCUGUGACCGCCCUCCGCCCGCCCUGGUUUGGGUGGGGU